AUGGAAAUUCCCAGGGGAUCUUCCAAGGACAGAAUCGGCCCCAGGGUCCCUCUCAGAAGCGGUGGCGCCCUAGGGGCCCUCCCAGCGACAGUGGCGUCACCUAGGCUGUCACCAGGAGACCUGCUAGGGGCGGAAGCAUCCCCAGGGGACCUCACAGGUGCAGCGGCGCUCUCAGGGGCAUUCUCAGGUGCGGCAGCGCCCCCAGGUGUCCUCCCACGGCCAGCGGUACCCCUAGGUGCAUUCCAAGGGGCUGCAAUGCCUCCAGGGGCCCUCCCAGGAGCGGUGGUGCCUCCAGGGAAAUACUCUGGGUUCGGCGCCGCCUCUGGAGGAUCUCCUGAAGGCAGCAGCUCCCGCAGGGGCCUCCCAGGGGUGGUCGUACCCCCAGGGUCCCUCCCAAGGGUGGCGGAGCUCCCAGGAGCCCUACCAGGAGACCUGGUCAGUGCGUUGGCUCCCCAGAGACCUCUUAGGAACGGUGGUGCCCCUUGGGGCCCUCAAAAGAGCUGCGGCGCUCCUAAGGGCCAUUUCAAGGGCGGCAGCACCCACAGGUUGCUUCCAAUAUGCGACAGCACCCAGCUGCCAUCCCAAGGACUGUGGCACCCCCAUGGAAAUUCCCAAGGGAUCUCCCAAGGGCAGCAUCGCCCCCAGGGUCCCUCCCAGAAGCGGCAGUGCCCCCAGGGGCCCUUCCAGCGACAGUGGCGUCACCUAUGGUCCGUCCCAGAGGCAGCGGAGUCCCCAGGGGCACUACAAGUGGAGCCUCCUUCAGGAACCCUAAAGCUUGCUUGGUCUUGGUGUCGAGACCUGCUAGGGGCGGAAGCAUCCCCAGGGGACCUCACAGGUGCAGCGGCGCUCUCAGGGGCAUUCUCAGGUGCGGCAGCGCCCCCAGGUGUCCUCCCACGGCCAGCGGUACCCCUAGGUGCAUUCCAAGGGGCUGCAAUGCCUCCAGGGGCCCUCCCAGGAGCGGUGGUGCCUCCAGGGAAAUACUCUGGGUUCGGCGCCGCCUCUGGAGGAUCUCCUGAAGGCAGCAGCUCCCGCAGGGGCCUCCCAGGGGUGGUCGUACCCCCAGGGAGACCUGGUCAGUGCGUUGGCUCCCUCAGAGACCUCUUAGGAACGGUGGUGCCCCUUGGGGCCCUCAAAAGAGCUGCGGCGCUCCUAAGGGCCAUUUCAAGGGCGGCAGCACCCACAGGUUGCUUCCAAUAUGCGACAGCACCCAGCUGCCAUCCCAAGGACUGUGGCACCCCCAUGGAAAUUCCCAAGGGAUCUCCCAAGGGCAGCAUCGCCCCCAGGGUCCCUCCCAGAAGCGGCAGUGCCCCCAGGGGCCCUUCCAGCGACAGUGGCGUCACCUAUGGUCCGUCCCAGAGGCAGCGGAGUCCCCAGGGGCACUACAAGUGGAGCCUCCUUCAGGAACCCUAA